GUCAAAUUUUCAUAUGGUUUAAAAUCACCAUCUCCAACCAUCCAAUCCAAAAAAUCAAAUCACCAUUACACACAAAAUAAAAACCGACAACACCCAUUCCGUUUAUUCUUCCUUCUCGUAAAAUCUCUGAUUCAUCUUUUCCUGCAUAAUGGGAAAAAAAACUGAUAAAAGCCACUGGAAGACGGUUUUGCCCCUGUUAUUUCUGUCUCUGUUCUCCACCGUCGGAUCAUUAUGGUCGUCCUCCAAUCAUGGGCGAGCAUCAUCAACAAUCCGAUUCCAAUUAGGAAGAGAUACGGGUGGGGAGAGGCUGGUUCCGAUGCGGGCAGGUGCACCCUUCAAGAUCGCUCUGUUUGCGGACCUCCAUUUUGGAGAGGCCCAGUCAACAAACUGGGGACCAAUUCAGGAUGUAAACUCCAUUAAGGUGAUGAACACAGUGCUAGACGACGAAACUCCAGAUUUUGUGAUAUAUCUUGGUGAUGUGAUUACGGCUAACAACAUAAUGGUUGCAAAUGCAAGCUUGUACUGGGAUCAGGCAAUCUCUCCUACGCAAAACAGGGGCAUACCUUGGGCCAGUGUAUUCGGAAACCAUGACGAUGCUGCUUUUGAGUGGCCAUUAGAGUGGUUCUCAACACCUGGGAUUCCUCAAAUCCGUUGCCCUCCAACCGAAACUUUUUGUUCAGGAGAAGAAGGAUGUUUCAAAGGAACAGGACGACUUGAACUACUAAAGAACGAGAUCAAGCACAAUGGUUCUUUCUCUACCUAUGGUCCUAGAAAUCUUUGGCCAAGUGUCUCUAACUAUGUCCUUCAAGUUUCAUCAUCAGAGGAUCCACAAUUGCCCGUGGCUUUCCUCUACUUCCUUGAUUCUGGUGGUGGUUCGUAUCCGGAAAUAAUAUCUAGUGCUCAGGCAGAAUGGUUUCAGCAGAAAAGCAAACAAAUUAAUAGUGAUUCAAGGGUGCCAGAGAUUAUUUUCUGGCAUAUACCGAGUACGACCUACAAGACCGUCGCUCCCAAGCUUACAAUACAAAAACCUUGUGUCGGUUCAAUUAACAAGGAAAGUGUUGCAUCUCAAGAAGCUGAAAUGGGUAUCAUGAAUCUUCUUGUGAAUAGAACUUCUGUCAAGGCAAUAUUUGUUGGACACAAUCAUGGCUUGGAUUGGUGCUGCCCAUACCAAAAACUAUGGCUAUGCUAUGCAAGACACACUGGCUAUGGUGGCUAUGGAGAUUGGCCUAGAGGAGCUAGAAUUCUAGAGAUCACUGAGAAUCCCUUCUCUCUAAAGUCUUGGAUAAGGAUGGAGGAUGGACAAAUGCACAGUGAAGUUGGCUUAAGUUGAAGGUCCAUCAUCUAAGUAUAGAAAAUGUUUAAUCAAAAGUAAAUACUAAAGACACCUAUGACUUAAAAAAGUAAAUACACUGGAAAAUAAACGAAAAUUGAUGCUAGCAAAUUUGUAAAUUUGUAUUCUUUGCGGGCAUACGUGUGCACGGGAUUGUAGAUAUACAUUCUUAUGUAUCUUGUUAUUGAAUUCACUAUACAUAUUGUUCUUGUGUGGUGAGCAUUGUAGGAUGUAUAACUCGUUUUGUCCAGGUCUAAACUCGCCUUCGCUUGAAAUGGAUAAGGUAUAGCUCCGAGAAAAUCAGUGGCAGUGGAUACCUGCAAAAAUAUUCCAAUGCUCAAGUAAGAGUGAGAGAAGAAUAGUGUAUAUUCAGAAUAAAUAACAUACUUUUUUCCUUA